AUGCCCAGGCACGACACGGCACACCCCUAUCAGGGGCGGAGGCCGGUGCAGGGCGUCGCCGCUCUCUCACCUCGCAGGAACGCAGCGCUCGCUGCCUCAGUCCAGGUUCCUGCCCUGACCCGGGUCCCCAGGUGCCGCUCCGUCCUCACUGCCGGCCGAGAAGCAAGAUCCCGCCCGCGCUCCGGUUCCCGGGGCUGCUACGCGGAAGCCCGGGCGGAGGAAGCGCGGCGCGCACGGCCCCGCCUCUCCGGCCCGCGGGAGCCAAUCGGAGCCAGGGGCCGCCGCGCACGCGCCCUGCCUCCCGCUCUCGCGCGCCCGUCCCUCGCAAGCUCACGCUUAUGCUGGCCGCUAGCCUAA